AUGUUGUUAGCACUCAGAAUCAAUGUUUUAGCUAAAGGCCAUAGCGGAAUUUCACUUGAAAAUUUAGAAAAAUUGAUUGAUGCUUUUAAUGCAUAUUGUGUCUCUUAUGUUCCAGAACAGGGAACUGUUGGUUGCAGUGGAGAUCUUUGCCCACUCGCACAUUUAGCUCUAGGACUUCUUGGUGAAGGCCAAAUGUGGUCACCCUCAACUGGUUGGGCACCAGCCUGUGAUGUUCUUAAAUAUAAUGGUCUUCGACCUAUUGAAUUGAGCUACAAAGAAGGGUUAGCUUUAAUAAAUGGCACCCAAUUAGUAUCAUCAAUCGGUUCACUUGCUGUUGUUCGUGCAGAGAACUUAGCUAAACAAGCGGAUGUAAUCGCUGCAUUGACUUUAGAUGUACUUAAAGGGACAACUAGAGCUUUUGAUGCUAAAGUCCAUAAAGUUAGGCCUCACAAAGGUCAAAACCUUGUUGCAGGAAGAUUACGAGCUUUACUUCAUUCUGACUUAAAUAGAUCGGAAAUUGCUGAAUCUCAUCGGCAUUGUGGUAAAGUCCAGGAUGCCUACACUCUUAGAUGUGUUCCGCAAGUUCAUGGAGUUACUCAUGAUACAAUUGAAUUUGUUAAAGAAUUAUUAAAUAUAGAAAUUAAUUCAGCAACUGAUAAUCCUUUAAUCUUUUCUGAUGCACUCGAUUAUUUAGCAAUUGCUGUUCACGAAUUGGCACAAAUGAGUGAAAGAAGAUUAGAGAGACUCGUUAACCACGAACUUAGCGGCCUUCCAACAUUUCUCACCCAAAAUGGAGGUCUUAAUUCUGGUUUUAUGACAGUCCAACUUUGUGCUGCAUCAUUAGUUUCUGAAAAUAAAGUUCUUUGCCAUCCAUCUUCUGCUGAUUCUAUUCCAACUAGUUGUAACCAAGAAGAUCAUGUAUCUAUGGGAGGUUUCUCUGCUAGAAAAGCAUUAAAAGUUGUUGAACAUACAGAGGCGGGUAUUUUUGGCUAUGGAACUAUUGGCUGCUUGCCAGGCUCGCAAAAAAUUUUUAAUAAGAAAUAUGUAUAUUUUCAUUUUCAGGGCAUUGAAUUUCUAAAACCUUUAAAGAGUACAGAAACUCUUCAAAAAGUUUAUGAGUUGGUUCGGAGUGUUGCACCACCAUUAAAUGAUGAUCGGUAUAUGCAACCAGAAAUUCAAUCAGUUAUUUCCUUAGUUCGGUCAAAUAAAAUAUGGACAGUUGUAGAACCACAUUUGGAAAGAAUGAGUAAAUUAGAAUCUUGUAGACCUGAUUUACUGCGACAGGAAGCUGGAAGUCCAACUGCUGCUGUUUUAGGUUUUCCUGAUUUUUCACGAGUUUUAUAA